UUGAUAAACAAAUCCAACGAUCGACAUACGGUUUGUUUUCAAAAUAUAAUAGAAGUCAUUUAAAGUGCUGCCUGUGGAAGCGGUUGCCAAAAUUCUAGUGUUGAAAUCAUCAUAAAGGGAGUGUUGCCGUUUUGACUGAUUUUCACUCUUCGUCUCUUUCCCUAUUCUCUUUGUCUCGAUUCUCUUGAAACAAAUGAAUAAGAAUUUAAAAUUUUAGUUUAAUUAAAUAAAAAAUAACAAAUCAUGUUCAAUUCUAUGCAAAUACGGGUCAAACUUUAUGCUUUCCGAUUUGCUGCUAGUUUGUUUAGAACAGAAUUAAGAUGGACUCAAUCGCGUUAUACGAGCAUUUCAUCGGUUACAGUAGAUGUCGAUCCAAUAAUGAAAAAAGACAAAGUUAGUAAGGCCAUGAAGGCGUACCUGGAGCGUGCAAAGGCACACAACGAGUUCAUGAGCAUACAAAACAUGGAAUUUAAAAUAGGAAAACGUCAUCUCGCAAAUAUGAUGGGCGAAGAUCCGGAAGCAUUCAGUCAGGACGACAUAGACAGAUCAAUACAGUAUCUCUUUCCGUCAGGAUUGUAUGAUAAAAAUGCUAAACCUAUGAUGAAACCCCCGGAGGAGGUCAUUCCGCAGCGAAAAGCCGCCGAAUUCAAUGAAACAGGACGACCAUUCCAUAGCAUGUUUUAUACCGGAAGACCAAAUUAUUGCAAAUUACUUUUUGAUAUUGUUGAAAACAUUAAUAAUUUAAAUGAAGUUGAGGAUCAAAGGCUUAGAAAACAUCUCACACCUGAUCAAACCCAGAGAUUAGAAACUUCUGGCUACGAUUGGCAAUCAAAGGAAGCGUUAGAGAAAAUUCUUCUGGAAGAUAUUUCGGAUACUGAAUACGACAAUUUUGCCAGUGCAAUAUCGCGCCUCAUCCAUCUACCAUACUCCUAUAGGCAAAAAUCUUUUAUUGACAAAUAUCGCAGGCCGCUUCUGAUAAAAACUGAUUCGGACCAAAUACCAAAGCCACAAUUGGACGAGAACGGCAGAAGCUACGUAACAGUGUACGAGUGUCUUCGAAAAUCGGCCCGUGGAGAUGUUACCGUUAUAGCACCCGGAAAAGGUACAAUAAAAAUAAAUGGUCAUGAUAUUACUUACUUUAAAGACAUUCAGGCAAGAGAACAGGUUCUGUUUCCUCUGAUUUUUGCUAAUAUGGUAGGGAAAGUAGACGUAUCAGCGAAUGUCGAAGGCGGUGGCUUUUCAGGCCAAGCAGGUGCGAUUCGUUGGGGUAUUGCAAUGGCUUUGAGAAGUUUCGUUGACGCCGACAUAAUUGAUCGAAUGAGGAUAGCCGGUCUUCUACAACGCGAUUAUAGACGCAGAGAACGUAAAAAACCAGGUCAAGCAGGCGCUCGCAAGAAGUAUACUUGGAAAAAACGUUAAACUCACCAUUGCUAUUAAAAAUUUGUUUACAUUCGGUUACAAUAAAAUAUGAUAUGGUUUCGGUGUACAUUGUAUUUUAGCAUCCGACUCAUUAAUGCUAGUUCCAAGUAGACAUCAAUAGGAGUAAUAUUUUAUAGACCGUAACCCCACUCAUUAUAUUUUACCGAACACGUGUUUAACCAAAAUCGAGCAAUAAAGGAAAAAGAGCAGUUCUGCAAGCAGAA